AAAAAAAAAAGGAGUAAAAGCAUCUAGUUUGAUCUGAUCCACACCUCCAAACAUGUUUGUGCCAGGAAAGUCUGUACCGAGCUCCAGUCAACAGUGGAACACGGCGGCGGGAGCGUCAUUAUGUGGAGUUUUGCUGGAACAAGGUAUUUAAAAUGCUGAAGAAAAUGCAGGAACACCUUUAAAAGGAAAGAUUCGACGCUGGAGCAGAACCCAGAGAGCAGAAACGGUCCGUGCAGGCUGGUUGAGCUGAACCUGCUGCCAAAAAGAGUGAGUAAGGGUUAAGAGGGAAUCUGUGAGUCAGAUCAGAUCCGAUGACCCCGAGCUGCUUCUUCACCUGGAGAAUGCAGACAGGAGUGUCCGAUCGACACAUUCCUACAGUUUCAGAAAAAUCCUGCUUUGUUUGCUUUGCCGGUGUGAUGAAACGGCUCACGCUGUCGCAACUUCGGCUCACGCCACAACAAUAAUGUAAAACCGCAGAAGAAUUUGAACAGAUAGCACUUCAGCUGUGUUAAAGAAAUCACUGGAAACUGGUCAACAAAGAUGUCAUUCACGAAAAAGCCAUUUGGAAAGAAAUGAACAGCAUGGAUAUCUGUUCAGCAGAAAAACCUGGACCGUUCCUGGACAUGAAUCUAUACAGGAGCUUUGGAAAUCUCAUGGAGACAUGGGUGAACGAGGACAGAUUGUCUCCACAGACGCAGCUGCUUCAGGACACCAUGGACUCGCUCGUACCUACCUCCGACAUGGGAAUCAACCCUCGAUCGGAGUCCGUCGACUCCGGAGUGGAGUUAGCCAGCUGUGGCACGCCGUGUCCGGCCUCAUCCUCUUCAGCCUCCGCAGAAAUGGACUCACUAAUGCUACAAAGUGAAGGACUCAUACUAGCAUCAAUGUCCCAGUCUCCUGUUCUCUCCUCUCCCGUGCCGUCCUCCUGCUCUUCCUCUUCGUCCCCGUGCCUGUGUCCCAGCACCGCCGAGGAAGACCCCACUUCUCUGCGCCUAAAGGUCGAACGAGCUCUGCGGAAAGCUGACUCAAAGAACUGGAGAAGCAUGGAUGAGCCAGUCGUCCGGCAGCCCCGAGCAUCUUUCCUGCCCAAACAGCACGCGUCAGAAUUAAUGAGGUGUUCAAGGUCACAGAGCUUUGACACCAGGAGGAGGUUCGACCCAUCCGUGCUCCUGAAACAAAUGUUGGACAUGAAGCAAAGUUUUAUAAGCACAGAAGGGCAAAGCUUGGAGGGAUCUGAUGUGAAUGAAGAGAAGAAACUGAGUCCUGGGUUCUUCUAUUUGGAACAGGUGUGUCAAAGGCUGGAAAAUUUAGCCAGAGAGCAGAUGCGCAGCCAAGGGUUACUGAUGGAGACCGACGCUCUCUGGGAACAUGAAGAAGCAGAGGCUCCUGAAAGUUGUCAGACUGACUCGACAGCUGCUGAGGAGGACCAGUCAUCAAGUCAGCUGGUUGAAAGGGCAGAGCAGGUUUCCAGCCAGCCUCAGCAGCAAAAAUCCAGACACUUUCGGCAGAGAUCAGCCUCAGACACAAUGUUUGCAGCUCUGCAUUUAAAAAAGUUAAACGCCAACCACAGAGGGCAGCUGCUGAGUACAAAUGACCUCCUAGAAAGAGUAGAAGAUGAGGAGACAGUACAGGAGGAGACAAAGGAGAGAUCAAAUAAGGCUUUUAGGAACUGGAGGGCAAAACUGCCUUUGAGAAGAACGGAGUCUGCCGCCUCGGACACAAAGAGCCAACAGAUGCAGUUCUCUGAGAGGACUUCAGCACGUCGACGGUUGAGCAAACUGUUCAGACGAAAUAAAGGAAAUAAAGAACAUCUCGUGUGAAAGGACCUGUUUCUGGGUUUUUAAAGGGGAACCGUGCUAACACUAGACUUCCUCUUGUCUCAUAAUUCUGUGGUCUACUCUGUUCAUUUAUUAUUUACUCAUAAAUGGAAUCUAUUUUUGUAUAUAUAGAUGUAACAUAUAACUGGAAGCUGAAUGCAUUGACCUGUUUUUGUCACACAGAAUUCAAGAGUGAAGACCUCAAUAGAGUCCUUUUUGUACAGUUUUUUUUGAAGUUGUAUAUUUGUAUCAUGUUCUACACCGUAAAUGUCAAAUUAUAGAAAUAUCUUAGUUUAUUUUAUCAGUGUUGGGAAAAUUCUGCAUCAGAACGAAUAUUAUGCUUUAAAUUCUGCUCUGUGUUUGAGAGACCAAUUCAAUUAAAGAAAUGUUUCUUAAUGAGUCCCCUUGGUGCCACCCCAUCUCUUUGCAGGGUUACUUUACCUUUUUCCUCUUCUACAUUUUAAUUGCUUCUGUGUUUCAGAGGUCAACUGUUUUCUUAAGAUUUGGCUCAAAUCAGACAUCUUAAAAUGUGCUUUAAACUGCCAAUAUGUGCAAGAUGAAUUACACUAAAUGGGUAAAACCUUAGAUAACAACAAAUUAACUUCUCAAGAUUUUCAGUGGAGGAAAUGCAGCUACAACUGAUGCAUUCCCUGCAGAACUUCCACAAAGAUAAGGCAGCAACUGAAACAUUUACCACAAUAUGCAGAGCAGCUGUAAUAUUUCACAAGUCCUUAUCUCCAGACGGAGACUGAAAAAAAUAAAUGUGAAAUUGCAUUCUGGGUUAGAAAAGUAAUGAAUACACAAGUACAGCCAGGUUGGAAUCUGGUCUCUCCAGUUGCAAACUAGUUUGCACUUAAUGAAAAAUUUAUGUUGUGUGGCACAGAAAAGCUGCUUUGCUUUCACUAUGUAUAAAGUCAGAUCAGAACAAGAGUGAACAAAAUAAAACUGGGUUAUUUCUGAAAA